AACGCAACGGCGGCGCAUUUCAUGUCGCGAACAUCUCGCAAAAAAAAGUUCGGCCCUCGACUUCCACGUCAGGACGGGCCUCGACAUGACUAGGCCGCAUCCAUUGACAUUCCUUAUCCGUAAUGCAUCUCAUCAAGCCUUCUUGGCUGAGCCAUAGUGGCGAGCAGAAGGAUUUCGAAGUCUACAGUUGCCACGUCUCUCCCGAUGGAAAGCGCCUGGCUACUGCGGGCGGAGAUGGCCAUGUUCGCGUUUGGUCGACCGAGUCCAUCUACAACGCGAACGACAAGACAUAUACGAAGCCGCGCCAGCUCUGUAAUAUGAGCCAUCACCUCGGUACCAUACACUCCGUUCGCUUCUCACCCAACAACCGCUAUCUCGCCUCGGGCGCAGACGACAAGAUCAUAUGCAUAUACAAACUCGACCACAACCCGCCCUCGCACACCGCGUCAUUUGGGACAAAUGAGCCGCCCCCCGUGGAGAAUUGGAAGACGCACAAGCGUCUAGUCGGCCACGAGAACGAUGUCCAAGACCUGGCCUGGGCUCACGACAACUCGAUUCUGGUUUCGGUGGGGCUUGACUCCAAGGUUGUGGUUUGGUCUGGACACACGUUUGAGAAGCUCAAGACGCUCGCUGUGCAUCAGAGCCACGUCAAAGGCAUUACGUUUGACCCGGCGAACAAGUAUUUCGCCACUGCGAGCGACGACCGAACCAUCAAGAUCUUCCGCUUCACCCCACCCGCGCCGAAUGCGACUCAGCAUGACAUGGUCAACAACUUCAUCCUAGAAACCACCAUCAACGCCCCUUUCAAGAGCUCUCCGUUGACUACCUACUUCAGGAGGUGUAGCUGGUCGCCCGAUGGCAACCACAUUGCCGCCGCCAACGCCGUGAACGGCCCCGUCAGCAGUGUCGCCAUCAUCGAACGGACGCGGUGGGACAGCGAGAUAAACCUGAUUGGGCACGAGGGUCCCACCGAAGUUUGCAUGUUCUCGCCUAGGUUGUUCUACACAAAAAAGCCUACCGAAAGCGCAAAUGGCCACAACCCCUCGGCGGGCCUGGUAACCGUCAUCGCUAGUGCAGGCCAGGACAAGACUCUCAGCAUUUGGAACACGAAUACGUCCAGGCCGCUAGUCAUUGUCCAGGACCUGGCUUCAAAGUCUAUUUCGGACCUGGCAUGGACACCGGACGGGCAGACACUUUUUGCCUCGAGUCUAGACGGGAGCAUUGUCGCCAUCAGCUUCGAGUCAAGUGAACUCGGCUGGGUUGCUAAGCCGGAAGAAAACGAUAAGGCGUUGGAAAAGUACGGCGGUUCGAGGAAGGGCAUGGGGUUUACCGAAGAUGUUGACGGGCUCCAUCUGGAGAACAGCAGCAAAGCAGGGGAGAUGCGGGGCGCCGAGUCGAGGAUGGGUGCCUUGAUGGGCGACUUCCAGCCCACCCAGAAAGAGAACGGCAAGGACACUGGGGCCACUACCAACGGCGUGAAGUCGACACCGAGGAAUGGCGAGACCAAUGGCGAUACGGAGCCGAGGCCGAGCAAAGAGAGCGCCGCCGAAGAGAGCGCUGCCAAGUCUACCGAAAGAAUCGCGCAGCUUAAGGCACGCGUGACCAUUACCAAGGACGGCAAGAAGAGGGUUGCGCCCCUCCUCGUAUCCUCAUCCGGUACUGGCCUGUCAUCUUUACCGCAGUCACAGCUGGUUGGCGCAAGUUCUACAAAACCUGCGCAAAACGAUGUUCCACAAACGGUUAUAGACCUUACGAAGCCGUGGGAGGGACUGCCCAGGGGUGGAAUAGCAGCGUUGCUUCUCGGCAACAAGAGGAAGGCCGCUGCCCUUGAGGGAGACGAGGACGAAGAGCCUUCGGGAAAGAGGACGGCUACCGGGUUUGUCCCCAUCAUGGUAAACGGCGUGGAUGGCCUUGAACCCGCGCCCCUCUCCGCCCCCGCCCACGGCGUUGUCCCAACGCCAGACUUCAUCCGGCCCGCCGUAAUAAAUCCCUCAAUCGCCAUUUCUCAGGUGAGGCUGGCCGUCCCUAAGAUCAGGUCGCACAUCCUGAGACCGCUCGAAAGGGGGGUUUUGCAGGGCGAAACCAGCCUGGAGGAGGCAUCAAAGGUCCCAGAAAACAUCAUUCUGGAGGCCAGGAACCCCGGCCAAAUCCGCGAGCCUUCGCGCAUCACGGCUACCAAGCGAGGCGCUCUCAUGUGGCAAGACUUUUUGCCGCGCGCCAUCGUCCUUGUGACGGGGAAUAAGAACUUCUGGGCCGCGGCAUGUGAGGAUGGGACUAUUCACAUCUGGACGCCGGCAGGCCGUAGGCUCACGAACGCCAUCGUCUUGGAAUCGCAGCCCGUCAUCAUUGAGUCGCGCGAACAUUGGCUGCUCUGUAUAACAUCCUCUGGCUUGUGCCAUGUCUUCAAUGUUCAGACAAUGGCCGCAGCUCACCCGCCUGUGUCUGUCGGGCCGAUCCUCGAAAUCGCCAUGGCAUCUCUAUCGCCCCACGGCGCAACCCCUGCGCCUGGCAUUACCUCGGCACACAUCAACAGUAUUGGCACCAUCGUCGUGACGCUGAGCAAUGGAGAUGGGUUCUUCUACUCGUCAAGCAUGUAUACUUGGCAGCGACUGUCCGAGUCUUGGUGGGCGGUCGGAAGCCAGUACUGGAACAGCAACGAUUCGUCGAUCAGCGCGUUACAGACAACCGCCGUUGGUCCCGCGACCGUGUCAAAGAGCAAAGACAUGGGCGAGGUCAAUGUGUCUUCUGGCAUCAUUCCAUUCUUAGAACGGCAUACUACCAACGAGUUCCUGCUUAAGGGCCGCGCAUACACGUUGCAGAGACUAAUCAAGACACUGCUCUCCAAGGAUGGCUUUGAGGGCUUUGAGAGCAGCGUCAGCAUUGCGCAUCUGGAGAACCGCAUCGCGGGCGCGCUGUCUUUGGACUCAAAGGAGGAGUUCAGGCUAUACCUCUUCAUGUAUGCCAAACGUAUUGGUGCCGAGGGUCACAGAUCCAAGGUCGAGGAGUUGCUCAAUAGCCUACUGGGGGGGAUUCUCCAGGACAAGAAGGGCGACCGCCUGAUCGGUGACGGAAAAGGCUGGUUCAGCAAAGACGGCACCUUGUGUGGGUGGGACCGGAAGGAUCUUUUGAAAGGCGUGGUUCUGAUUCUAGGAAAAUUCCGAGACCUCCAGCGCUUGACUGUCCAGUAUGCCAGAAUCCUGGACAUGACCGCGGGCGAAGACGAGGACGACGAAAACAGCAGCCGCAACGAAGAGAUGGAAAUCGGAGAGUAGAAGACAACCCCGUAUCUUAUUAGACACUGCAGAAUAGGGUGAAGAGCAACGCCAAGUGGGUUGGUGGCCGACUGCUGCCCCCUCUCCAGACAACUUAUCCCACCCCUACCUACCUCUCAGCACGUUCAUCAAUCCUCCGUCUGGGGUAGCCCUCCCUACCCCAUCAACGAUACACAAAAUACCAUU